AUGUGCCUGGCUGGGUGCACACCCCGCACGGCGGCAGCGCCAGGACGCGGAGCGCUCCCCGGAGCCCGGCCGCCUCGCACGGCUCCGGCGCCCGCGACCAUGUUCCAGCCCGCGGCCAAGCGCGGCUUUACUAUCGAGUCCUUGGUGGCCAAGGACGGUGGCACUGGCGGCGGCACUGGCGGCGGGGGCGCGGGCUCCCAUCCCCUGGCGGCAGCCACCUCGGAGGAACCGCUCCGGCCCACGGCGCUCAAUUACCCUCACCCCAGCGCGGCCGAGGCGGCCUUCGUGAGCGGCUUCCCCGCCGCAGCUGCCGCGGGUGCUGGCCGCUCGCUCUACGGAGGGCCGGAGCUCGUGUUCCCCGAAGCCAUGAACCACCCCGCGCUGACCGUGCACCCGGCACACCAGCUGGGCGCCUCCCCGCUGCAACCCCCGCACUCCUUCUUCGGCGCCCAGCACCGGGACCCUCUCCACUUCUACCCCUGGGUCCUGCGGAACCGCUUCUUCGGCCACCGCUUCCAGGCGAGCGACGUGCCCCAGGACGGGCUGCUUCUGCACGGCCCCUUCGCGCGCAAGCCCAAGCGGAUCCGCACGGCCUUCUCGCCCUCGCAGCUGCUGCGGCUGGAGCGCGCCUUCGAGAAGAACCACUACGUGGUGGGCGCCGAGCGGAAGCAGCUGGCCGGCAGCCUCAGCCUCUCCGAGACGCAGGUGAAGGUGUGGUUCCAGAACCGGAGGACCAAGUACAAACGGCAGAAGCUGGAGGAGGAAGGGCCCGAGUCGGAGCAGAAGAAGAAGGGCUCCCACCACAUCAACCGGUGGCGCAUCGCCACGAAGCAGGCCAACGGGGAGGACAUCGAUGUCACCUCCAAUGACUAG